GUCCGAAGAGGAAAUUUUAUUUCUUAACAAGUGCGAAUAAAAAGUGAAAAAAAUAUAUACGAGAAGUUCAAGUUUAUCAGGGAAAGUGAACGAAGCGAAAAUAGAAAAGCUGUUUAGGAAACAUUCAACAGAUUUUUUGCGUCAGAAAUUUUCCUUCGUGAGUGUUCUGAGCGAUAAAAUCGUGUCCACCAUAUCACAAGAAAGUGAAAUUGUGAUAGCAGAAAUGCCGGAUCUCCAGUCUGGUGUUUAUCCAAUCGGUACCGAUUCACUUUCACAAGAAGAGUCUGAGUCGAUAUUUGAGAACAAGACAGGAUUGGCAGAAGAUCUUAAGUUUCUUGCAUCGAUGCCAGAGUUAUGUGACAUAACAUUUCUUGUUGGUGAAACAAGAGAGCCUGUUUGUGCUGUAAAGGCAAUCCUGGCAGCUCGAUCAAGAAUUUUCUACAAACUGCUUUAUCAACAACAAGCCUCACCACAGCGAAAAAAUCCACAACCACCACCAGUACGUGAAAAUAAGCUCCGUCUCUUCCUAAAACGAUCAUCAGAGCCACUAUUGAACCUACAAAAUGAAUCACAAAAGAGAACUUUAAUAUCGCAACAAACUCUCAUGCCAACGAUUUUUGAGCCCGGUUGUCAGACUCAUCAAACACUAAUAAUAGAAGAAUUUGAACCAGACGUCUUUCGUCAAAUGAUUGAAUAUGUUCACACGGGGAACGUUACGUUACAACCAAGGACAUUACUCGGUGUUAUGAAUGCAGCUGACUAUUAUGGAUUGGAGGAGUUGAAGCGUGCAUGUAAUGGAUUUGUACAACAGGGAUGCAUAACAGUUGAUACUGUCUGUGCGUUACUUAGUUCAGCUGAGAAAUAUAUUCAGUAUAAAUGUACAAAGUCGCUGGUGCAGAAAGUGUUGGAGUUUGUUGAUGAGCACGGAACGGAAGUCCUUAAUCUUGGGUCAUUUACCUUAUUACCACAACAUGUUGUUCGCCUGAUAUUAGCAAGAGAGGAGCUGCGGGCCGAAGAAUUUACGAAAUUUCAAGCUGCGCUGAUGUGGAGUAAAAAGUAUAAUGACUAUAAUCCGGGUACUAAUUUGAAGGAUAUCAUGGGCACCUUUUUACCAAACAUCGCCUUCCAUAAAAUACCUGCAAAUGUACUGAUGCGAGAAAUUUAUCCGCUCAAUGUUGUACCUUACACCAUCAUCAUGAAUGCUUUGGCAUAUCAGGCAGACCCAACAAGUAUCGACCAACAAGACCUCUCUCCCAACAACAAUCGAAUAAAAAAGUCUCAGGGUCGUUCGAUGUCAAUCCAAAGUUCCGACAAUGGUUCAAAUAUUACACUACUUUCGAGUGGAAGCAGCGGAGAGCACUAACAUUAACUAGACAUAGCUUUAAACGUUCAAAUAGGUGAUGUUAUUCUUUGAUCGAGAUAUAUUUAUUUAUCUAAUGGAUAUAUAUAUUGAUAAUGAUAUUGUAAGUGACUAAAAGAAGACACAAGUGUUAUCUAUUUCAUACUUUGUAAAGACAAGUUCAUAAUUGAGAAGAAAUGGAAGUUAUGGAAAUGUGGGAAAAAAUAUUUUUUGAUAGUUCAAUAAUCAGAGUGGAAGAUUUGACAGAGCAGAAGUCAAGGUCAGUGUUAUUUCCAUAGAAAACUGCAAAAUCAUUAACGUGAAACCUAGAUUUGAUAAUGGAAUUGUUUGUUGACUUAUUGUAUACUCUUUAGACUACUUUUUAAAGAAACUUUCACGAAAUAAACCUAAACGAAAUGUUAAAAUGAGAACUUUAGAAAAAAAGCUAUGACAAUUUAUUGGAUAUAAACUAUUAAAAAGUUAAGGCAAAAGUUAUGUUGUAGAAAUGUUCUUUUGUGUGUAAAAAUGGAGUAACAAAUUGUUUUGGAG